UAAUGAUGCAAUGGUGCUUUCUGGGGAUUAUAUGCAUUUGCGUUGUUCUGCACACAUCAUAAACUUGAUAGUGAAAGAUGGUUUGGCUGCUGUGGAUGUUAAUGUUUCUGCUAUUCGUAAUGCUAUUUGCUAUGUAAGAUCAAACACUACUAGGCUAAGAUCGUUUGAACUGAGGGUUGAUUCAGGAAAGUUAACAAGAGGCAGUUUGCCUUUAGAUUGCAAGACUCGAUGGAACUCUACCUAUUUGAUGUUGUCAAAGGCUCUUGAGUUCAGGGUUGCAUUCAACAAGAUGGAGGCAGAGGACAGGCAAUACAAUGAUUACUUCUUGGAGUUUGAUAAUGGAAUCAAGCGCAUUGGACCUCCUGAGAUGGUAGACUGGAAGGCGAUUGAGAGGUUAGUCCGGUUCUUCGUUAUCUUCUACAACUCUACCUUGGUUGUAUCAUCAUCCACUUCUCUGAACUCUUUUAAGUGUUACGGUGAGAUAGUAACAAUAGAGAAGAACCUGAUAGGAUUGACUAAUAGUUUAGACUUAGAUUUGAAGGCUAAGGCUGAGGAGAUGGUUAAGAAAUUCGAUAAGUAUUGGGAUGGUAUGAGGAACAUCAACAAGAUGUUGAUAGUAGCAACAGUGUUUGAUCCUAGGAAGAAGAUGCAGUUUGCUAAGAUGUGUUUCGAGAAACUAUACGGAAAAGAUACCACGGAUGCUAAAGAAAUGUCUCAGUCUGUCAUGAUUGUCCUUUGCGAUAUGUUCAAAGAGUACAGUGCUCGGUUUGGUCCUGGUUUAGGCGUUGAAGCAUCUCAGCCGACACAAGCUGCAUCAUUUGGUAGCCAGGAGCAGACAACGGAUGAAAGGAUCGACUUGAUUGAUGAUUUUGGGUAUGAGAGGAUGGAUUGCAUGUAUGAGGAGUUGGUUGAGCUGAUAGAAGUUCGAGAAGCACAAGAUGAGUUGGAAACUUAUCUGAAAGAGAGUGUUGUCAAUCCGAGAACCAUGCUUGGAGUGGAGUUUGAUGUUCUGUCUUGGUGGAAGGUGCAUUACUCCAAGUUUCCUAUUCUUGCAAAGAUUGCUCGUGAUGUCCUUGCCAUGCAAGUCUCUUCUGUUGCUUCUGAAAGUGCAUUUAGCACUAGUGGCCGAAUCAUUAACCCUCAUAGGAGUUGCCUAACUCACUAUAUGAUUGAAGUUCUAAUGUGUUCUGAGCAAUGGAUGAAGGCAGACAUGCGUGGCAGUGAAGGCAGAGUGGUGACAAUGGAACAGAUUCAAAGUGAAUUCGAGUAUGAAGACAAGCUCAACAGAGAGUUUGAUUCUCAAGCAACACAAGAAGAAUGAGUCAAGGAGGAGCUUUGGAGAAGUGGAUGAUGCGCUUUGAGUUUGUUUUUUAGUUUGGUCUCUUGUUGUUCUUUGCAAUAUUUUGAUGUUCUCGGUUUUUUUUUUAGUUUGGUCUCUUGUUGUUGUUUGUUGUUGGUUCUUUGUUGUUUUGAAAACUUGCAUUGCGGUUAAGAAAAGGAUUGGUGUAUGUUUUGUUCCUUUUUCAAAUAUGGAAUAAAAUUUUCAGUUUAAUUA